UGAGAGAGUUUCAGUCAUUCGAUAGCGCAGGCGAGUCGUCGCCAGGCAGUGACACGGUCGGUCUAUGCAACGCGUCACAAUGAUGGGAUUUCGAGUUUUUCUACAGUUUUACGUCAUGACAUGCUCGUUGAUAGGAAUCUUCGGCUUGGAAAAUGAAGUUUAUAAAAGUAGCAAAAUCCUAUGGAGCCCUGAUGUCGCGCUUUUGGGAUUGGAACCACGAAUAGUGAACGGAACGAAAGCUACACUCGGACAGUUUCCCCACCAGGUGUCAUUGAGAAGGAGCAGGUCCAAUGGACAUUUCUGUGGAGGCAACAUUAUUGCUCCUGAGUGGAUCCUCACAGCUGGCCAUUGCAUGUUCAAUAGAGAUGGAAUUCAAAUUCAACCCUGGACGAUCACCGUGGUCGCUGGUCAAGUUGUACUCGGACCAACAAAGCCUGAAAGUCAAAAACGUGCUGUUGAAGCGAUACUUUUACAUGCUGAUUUUGAGCGUGACACGUUAACCAACGAUGUUGCUUUACUGAAGCUGACGAAUCCUUUGGUAUUGAACACCCCCAACGUGAGAGCAGCAAGAUUCGUAAAAAUGCCUGUGCCAAUAGGAACAGUCUGUGAAGUGGCUGGAUGGGGUUAUUUAUCAGAAGAAAAGCCAUGGGUAUCGAACGAUUUGAUGUUCGUUUCAUUGCCAACAAUGAAUAUCGAAUAUUGUCGGGAGCUUUACAAGGAGGAAGCGACAAUACCAGAUGGAGCGUUUUGCGCCGGUUACGACGAAGGUCUCAGGGAUGCUUGUCUCGGUGAUUCCGGAGGCGGCAUGGUUUGUGGUGGAUUUUUGGCUGGCGUUGUUUCUGGCGGAAAAGGCUGUGCCGAGCCUAAAUUCCCAGGAGCAUACUCCGACGUUUAUUACUUCCGUGAUUGGAUCAGAGACCAAAUGAGAAGUUUCAAUGCAACGAGCUUGGAGCCUUCGGAUUGGGAAAAAAUGAUCGUCGAUUCGAAUGAUCAAUCCAACGGUUCAGUUCACCCUUCAUCCUACUUUUCUGUUUCCUUACUCACGAUCACAUACACUUUCGUCACUUAUUUUGGUGUAUCUACGUUUUGAAUUCAAUAAAAUAUUGUUGCAUCCCGAAAAA